UGACAAGCACAACAUUAAGCACAACGUUGGAUGCAGUAAAGGAUCUAAAAUUUAGCAUAACUGACUAUGUAGUGUUUGUGUUAAUGUUAGUCGCUUCGGCGGCUAUUGGCGUCUACUUUGGUUUCUUUAGCAAGGCCAAGAAUACCACCGAGGAAUAUCUGCAAGGCAGCAAGAAGAUGAAAACAUUGCCCAUCGCCAUAUCCUUGGUUGCUAGUCAACUAUCUGCCAUAGCAAUCAUGUCUGUGCCUGCGGAAAGUUACUCAUAUGGCUUCAACUAUAUAUUUGUGGUGCUGUCGAUGAUUGCAGUUGUGCCCACGCUGGUCUAUAUUAUAAUACCAGUGUUCUAUGAGAAUAAUGUAGCCAAUUGCUAUGAGUAUCUGGAAAUACGUUUUGGCAAACGGACACGACAACUGGUGACUGCAACAUUUAUAUUAAAUUCAUUGCUCUUUCUGCCUGUUUUUAUGUUUGUGCCGUCACUAGCCUUUUCCCAGGUCACAGGCAUGAAUAUACAUUUGAUUAAUGUGCUAGUCUCAUCGAUUUGCGUUUUUUACACAAUGCUGGGAGGCAUUAAGGCGGUGGUUUGGACAGAUGUGGUGCAAGGCGGUAUUAUGUUGUGCUCAGUGGUCAUGGUUUGCGUGCUGGGCACCGUUCAAACAGGUGGCUUGGGCGCUGUGCUGCAAAAUGCGUACGCAGGCCAGCGACUCAACUUGGACUUUAGAUUGGAUCCACGUAUACGCUUAACAGUAUGGAGCUCUUUUCUUGGCGGCUUCUUCAUGUGGGCAGGACACAUUGGUCUUAAUCAGAGUUGUGUGCAGCGCAUUGUCUCCUUGCCCUCCUAUGGGCAUGCCAAAAGAUCGCUUACUAUAGCAGGCAUUGGCUUUAUUAUUAUAAUGGCUAUUAAUCUAUUUACCGGCAUUAUUAUGUUUGCGCGUUAUUAUGGCUGCGAUCCCAUGCUGGCUGGCCUGGUCAGCAAGCCGGACAAAAUGAUGCCGUUCUUUAUACAGGACAUAAUGGGACACUUGACUGGCAUGCCGGGCAUGUUCAUCUCCUGCGUCUUUAGCGCUGCUCUCAGCACACUCUCUGCUACACUUAAUUCUCUAGGAGGCGUCGUUUACUUUGACUACGUUAAGCCUUUCAUUAGACACACUGAAGCUCGCGCCAAUGCAAUUAUGAAGUUGUUUAUCGUUCUCAUGGGCGGCUACUGCAUCUUGGGCGGCUUUGUUGUGGAACAGUUUGGCUCCAUUAUACAAACUGUCAUAACUAUUUCGGGCAUCACUGUAGGCGCCGUUGUAGGUGUCUUCUUGCUGGGCAUGUUGUGGCCACGAGCAAAUGGCAAGGUGGCAGCAUCCAGCACCAUCUUUAGCAUAGCGGUUAUGAUUUGGAUUAUUAUUAAUGCUCAGUUGAAUUUUAAAUCAGGACUCAUCAAAUACGAAGUAUUGCCCAAUACGCUAGAUAAAUGCGAUGCGCCGCAUCUACAAAUGAUAUUGAAUGCAGUCAGCAGCAAUCUAACAACUGUUGCAACUCCAAUGUCAAUAGCAGGCAAUGUCACAGGCACCUUUGAAAGCAAUCGCGAGUUUUCUAUAUACGAUGUAUCGUUCUUUUGGUAUAAACUAAUGGGCAUUUUGUUAGUUUUUGUCUGGGCAAUACCCAUGAGCUAUAUCUGCAAGCCAGACAAGCAGGAUAUCAUAGAUCCAAAACUGUUUACGCCAUUUGUGCGCAAGUUCCUAAGACAACCUUUAACCCAGGAGCUAGAAGAGAUGCCACUUAAAGGCGCACAGUUGCAGCUGGAGACGAAGGUGACGAAACAGAUGCUAAAUGAUGAAGAUGCGUAGGAGCUUUCCACUUGCUGAGGGCUUUAUAGCUUUAUAUGAUAAUUUUAAGGGUCCAACAUAUCAGUGAGAUAAAAUAAGAUAAAAAAACAAUAUAAUGAAAUGAUCUUCAUACCACUUGCUAACUAUUUUGUACACCCUAGAAAAUAUAUAAAUAAAAUCAUAU